AUGGAUGAUGGGAAGACUAAGAAAUCAUGGGGCAUUUACAAUGAAACUGGCAUCUUUGUUGCUGUGUGCCGCCAUGGCUUGUGUUUACUCAUCACAGACAUGGUGCAGAGCAGGGAGCUUGCAAAGUACCCCCUGGCUGUUGUAGCCAAGCUACUAGAUGCAUUUGGUGACAGUCUGGGCGGUGGUUAUGACAUUGGCUGUCAAUUUGAGACCACUCUCAAUAACAGCUCUGUUGGACCCCUCGUGCACUCAUUCCAUCAUACUUGCCUGGUUGGCGCAUUUCAUGGACAUGUGCACAGGUGA